UGCAUCACAUGGACAUUUUAUUUACAUUCAUUUUUCUAGUUCUUUAAUUGUUGUAAAAGAGUCUAGUUAUUCUCUCUUGCAUCUCAGAAUUUCUUGUGCUCAGGUGCAAGAUGGUUGAGCAGAGAAUUAUGAGUGUUGUUUCUUCUUCCUCUAACUCUUGUACAAAAAAAUAUGAUGUUUUUAUAAGCUAUCGAGGUAAAGACAAACGCAGGAACUUCAGCACCCAUCUUUAUGAGGCUUUGGUGCAAAAGAAAGUGGAAACCUAUGUAGAUGAAGAUAUUGAAAAGGGUGAUGAAAUCUCAGCAGCACUGAUGAAAGCCAUUGAAGAUUCUCGUGUAUCUAUUGUUGUGUUUUCAGAGAAUUUUGCUUCCUCAAAGUGGUGCUUGAAUGAACUCAUAAAGAUUAUGGAUUACAAGAAAGAGUUGGGACAAAUUGUAAUACCAGUGUUCUACAACACAGAUCCAUCCCAUGUCAGGAACCAAACUGGGAGGUUUAUGGAGAGCUUUGUAAAACAUGAAGGAGAACCCAACUGCAUAAAAUGGAAAACUGCUCUCACUCAAGCAGCCAACUUAGCUGGAUGGAGCUCUCAAAAUUAUAGGACUGACUCUGAAUUACUUAAGGACAUUGUUAAAGAUGUUUUGGAAAAAUUGCCUCCUAGAUGCAGAAACCAAUGUAAAGGAUGGGUGGAAAACCUUACACGGAAAGCCCAACUUCAAGCAAUUGCAAUUGAAGAAAGUGCUAAAUGCAAAGCAGUAGAGAAAGUGAUCAAGUCACUUACUUCUCAGUUGAAGGAUAUGGCCAUGAGGUUACAUGUUCUUGGUUCCGAUGAGACUGAAUGGAUUGAGCAAGAUGAACCUGGUGUACAUAUUUAUCUGACCUCCCUAGUAGGUCUAAUCUAUCUUAAAAGACUAUGCUUAAGGUAUAGAAUGCUCUAUUAUAUUUUUACAUUUUUUUUAGCAGGGGAAUGCUAGGAAUGCACUUUCCAAUGCCUCUUUUCCAUCAGAUUCUCUAUUUUAGUUGGAAUUAAUGGGGUCUCACCAUUGUAGAAAUAGAACUACUAGUAGAAAUAGUUUGUAGUUGUUCAAACUUUGUUCUUGGUAGCACUUUCAUAAAUAUUUCUGCAACUUGAUCUUCUGUUGUGCAAUACUAGAGUUGAAUUUGUUGAGUUGCCUCUUCAUCUCGAAUGAAGGGAUAUUUAAUG